CGGUAGGGAAGGGUGUGGGGAGCGAUCUCUUGAUCACAGCGCUUUGGUCUGUAGCGGAGGGAUCUCCGAGCGAGCGGCGACACCAGUGGCGGGGAGCCCACAAAGGUGUUGCCAUGGUGAUGGCAGUGGAGGACAGCAUGGUGCAGGUGGUGGUGCGGGUGCGGCCCCCCACCCCUCGGGAGUUGGAGAGUCAGCGGUGGCCUGUGGUUCAAGUGGUGGACGAGCGGGUGCUGGUGUUUGACCCUGAGGAACCCGAUGGGGGAUUCCCUGGCCUAAAAUGGGGUGGUACCCAUGACGGCCCCAAGAAGAAGGGUAAAGACCUGACAUUUGUCUUUGACCGGGUCUUUGGUGAGAAGGCCACCCAACAGGAUGUGUUCCAGCACACCACCCACAGCAUUCUGGACAGCUUCCUCCAGGGCUACAACUGCUCAGUGUUUGCCUAUGGGGCUACUGGGGCCGGGAAGACGCACACCAUGCUGGGAAGGGAGGAGGACCCCGGCAUCAUGUACCUGACCACCAUGGAACUAUACAGGCGUUUUGAGGCCUGCCAGGAGGAGAAGCAGUUCGAGGUGCUCAUCAGCUACCUGGAGGUGUACAAUGAACAGAUUCAUGACCUCCUGGAGCCCAAGGGGCCCCUUGCCAUCCGUGAGGACCCUGACAAGGGGGUGAUAGUGCAAGGACUUUCUUUCCACCAGCCAGCCUCAGCAGAGCAGCUGCUGGAGAUGCUGACCAGGGGGAACCGCAACCGCACCCAGCACCCCACUGAUGCCAACGCUACUUCCUCCCGCUCCCAUGCCAUCUUCCAGAUCUUUGUGAAGCAGCAGGACCGUGUCCCAGGACUGACCCAGGCCCUGCAGGUGGCCAAGAUGAGCCUGAUUGACCUGGCUGGCUCGGAGCGGGCAUCCAGCACCCGUGCCAAGGGGGAGCGGCUGCGGGAGGGUGCCAACAUCAACCGUUCUCUGCUGGCCCUCAUCAAUGUCCUCAAUGCCCUGGCGGAUGCAAAGGGCCGCAAGUCUCACGUGCCCUACCGGGACAGCAAACUGACCCGCCUGCUCAAGGACUCCAUUGGGGGCAACUGCCGCACAGUGAUGAUUGCUGCCAUCAGCCCCUCUAACCUGGCCUACGAGGACACUUACAACACCCUCAAAUAUGCUGACCGGGCCAAAGAGAUCAGACUCACGGCCUCCCCUCAUGAACCUCCGCUCCCUGCCUCUUCAGGAGCCCUGGCCCACCUGGACCUGCUGCAGAUCAACCCCUGUCUACUGAAGAGCAACGUGGUCAGUCUGGACUGUCACAUCAGCCAGUAUGCCACCAUCUGCCAACAGCUCCAAGCUGAGGUGGCCAACCUGAGGAAGAAGCUCCAAGCAUAUGAGGCAGGAGCCCAGGCCCCACAGCAGGGCUGUUCACAGUCCCCCAAGUUGAGCCUUCCACAGCAACACCUUCCUGGCUCCCCUUUACUGCUCUGCCCCCGCAGCCAGCCCUGGACCCCAGAACUCCACAUGGGGUCUGGAGAUCAAGAGGGGAGCCUGAGAACAGAGGCCCAGGGACAGAGGGUCAUAGAAGGAAGCUCUUCAGACCAGGAGGAGACCCCAAAGGAUGAGGACAAAGACCCUGCUGAGGUUCCAGCCCAGACACUGGAGCAGAACCUCAGACCCCCACUGCCAGAGUCUGCUGGUCUCACCCUGCAGCCUGAGCCAGUGGCCAGCCACCUCUCACCCCAGAACCUGGACAGGGACCAUUCUAAGCGGUUGGCCCUCCAGGUGCUGUGCCUGGCCCAGAAGCAGUAUUCCCUGCUCCAGGCAGCCAACCUCCUGACCCCUGACAUGAUUACAGAGUUUGAGACCCUGCGGCAGCUGGUACAAGAGGGAAAAACUGAGCCUGGGGACAAGACCUCCAGGACUCCUGACCUGGCCAGGAGGGCCCCUGUGACCCCGGAGCUGUGUUCAGAAUCCAAAUCUCCAGGGUACUGUGGCCCUGUGACCCGAACAAUGGCAAGAAGAUUGAGUGGCCUCAAGCACACUCUGGGGAUCCCACCUGAACCUGAUUGCACCCCAGCCUCAGCAUCCCAACGGCCCACAGAGAAGAAGAACAAAAGGAGACCAAGCCCCACAGAGCCAGACAGUCCCCCGGCCCCAAAGCUGGAGACUAAGCGCCAGCGCCAGUCCUUCCUACCCUGCCUGAGGAGAGGGUCUCUGCCUAAGGCCCAGCCUUCAUGUGGGCCCAGCACCCCCAAAGGGACGAGGCCCUCCUCCCCCAGCCAUUCCCCUCGCUUCUGCCCAGCUACUGUCAUCAAGAGCCGGGUGCCCCUGGGCCCUUCUGCUGUACAGAACUGCUCUACCCCUCUGGCCCUCCCUGCUCGUGACCUGAACGCCACUUUUGACCUCUCUGAGGAGCCCUCCUCAAAACUCAAUUUCCACGAAUUUGUCAGCUGGGAGAAUGUCCCCCAGGAACUGAAUAGGCUAGACCAGCCCUUCGUCCCCAGUGGACCUAUGCUCCUGUUUACCAUGAAGGGCCCCAAGCCAACAUCUUCCUUCCCUGGAACCUCAGCCUGCAAGAAAAAGCACACCAUGAGUUCCUCAGUCUCCCGGGGCCGCAGCCGCAGUCGCAUCGCCCGCCUCCCCAGCAGCACCUUGAAGAGGCCAGCUGGACCCCUUGCAAUCCCAGGUGACUGCCACUGGGGACAAGAGCGACUUGUCCACAUUGACAGUUGAAGAUAGGAUGCAAGAGGGGACAGAGGGGGUUUGGACCCAGAGCUACCCUUGAGUCCCCGCUGCCUCAGUGACCAAAGGAUCCAGAAGGAACUGACUGGGGCUGGGGGAUUGCUGUCAGCUGGAAACUGCAGUGCCCAGGUGUCCUGACCUCCAAGCUAUCCAGCUCCUCCAGCCCCUCUAGGCUCUCUGCCUUCACUUGGUGCCCAGAGCUUCCAACAUCAGGAUCCCUGACCUUCUUUCCUCACCCUGGAGCAAUUCAUGCCAACACACCCUUUCUUCAUUAACACCCUCCCCAGCAAUUCAUUCUGCUACUCACCCUCUUUAUUUUGUUUUUGUUGUCUCACUAUGUUAUCCAGGCUGGCCUAAAACUCGCAAUCCUCCUUCUGCCUCAGCCCCUGGGCAGCUGGGAUUACAGGUGUAAUCACCUGGGCACCACAUGCCCGCUCCCACCCUCUUUGUAAAUCUAUUACACUCAGCUUCUCAGCAUGUACAUAUUCAGUUGUGAGUAUUAAUGUGCGGCUAUUUUAAAGGGUGCUGCAUGUUCCCCCCUCAAUUCCAAAGCCCACCAUCAGGCCAGGGGCUCUUUUGGGCUCUUUUCCUAUCCCAUGUCUAACCCAGGGCCGUGUACAGUGAUGGCUGCUGCCUCUUGGACGGAUGAGGCUGGUGGGGGUGUUCUGGGAAGUCACAUCUUGGCUCUUCGUGGUUUCUGAGAGGCGAAUCUUCAGCCCCAUCCUGGCCCCUGUCCUGGUGAUGAUGCAGCUUAUGAUGGUGCCUUGAUUUCCAGAAGAAGCCUGGUUUAUUAUCUUUAUACAUAGACACACACAAGUAUAAGAAAGGGGACUGUAACCUUAAUGCUACCAUUUAGGUGAUCAUGCUAGUGAUUCCAGGGUUUACACCCUUCUGCUUCUUGAUUUAUGCAUAUAGAUGUAUAUAUAUGUAUACACACACAUAUAUAUAGAUGUAUUUUUUUAACUGUAAUGAUUAAUAAACCAUCU